AUGAGAAAUGUGAUUAUUAGUAAUGCAGGAAUAGCAAACGCAGGUCAUAUAGCUGCCGUUCAAAAUGUUGGUGCAAACGUUGAGUUAUUCAACGUCGUCGUCAAUAAGAGCGUGUGGACUGGAAUAGAAGUUAGUCAUUCCCCCUAUAUCAACAUAUCUCAACUGACGGUGGAAGGGAGCGAUGGUAAUGGAGUCGAACUGAUCAAUACGGCUGCUAGUUCUAUUACACACUUGACAAGCAACAACAAUGUCGGUCAUGGUCUGGUGAUAAGAGUCGAUAGUGUUUUACAAAGGAUGUGGGAUAUUCCUGUCUUACAUAAACAAAUAGUUGAUAUCUGCUCAGUGUCCAAACUCUCGGCUGCUUCCUCGUUUUUCCUCAGAUUCAUAGCUACGCCUAUUUCGAGAGGUUACUCCAUCCAAUCUUGCUCUGCAACAAUUGACGCCACUUCUCAACACGUCAUCUCUGUUCACAUCAUGGCUAUACGGUUUCAAGACUGGGACUCAUACGUUACCAUCGACCAACAAAACGUUUUUCGGCAGAAUCGAUUAGAACCCAACUAUCCUCUCCACUACACUUCACAAUCUCAAACCAUUACAGUUAACGUAAGAGCAGAAUUUACCGACGAAAGAUAUACGUUAGAAGACAACUACUUUCUUGCUUACAUACAGCAGCAUCCCACAGAUGUAAAUACUCAACAGAUGAGCUCACAUCACAUUGCAAGUGCAUUCCUGAUGAAUAACGGAUUAUCAGGCUUGGCACUCAAUACAAGCAAGAGCAGCCACGAAAGAUACGAUUUCUCACUCAGUGACUCUGUUGUGUCAAACAACACUGUCGGCGGGAUUGACGUGGCGGCUACAAGCUCGGGGGACAAUGGAUACGGGUCGACAGUACAUACUUUUGAAUUGAGCAGAAAUAUUAUUUCUCGUAACGGGCAGUUGGCUACGACGACGACACAUCUAAGAUCUAGCGGUGUGAACAUGCAAGUAGACAAAUCCAACCUUCUCAUACAAAACAAUGUCAUUGAGAGUAAUGCAGUCGGAGCUAUUACCUUAAAGUUAGACAGAGAAAGUGAGAGCUCGUCUGUUGUUGUAAGCAACAAUCAGAUUGAGGCAAAUGUGGGAGGUGCCGCCGUGUCGUUGUCUGCAGCUAGUGGCACGACGGGACCGCGAGCAUCGAUCACUGAUAACGAUAUCAGUCAUAAUUCUGCUGGUAUUUUGCACGAUACAUUAUCUAUCACUAACGUCGCUGCUAACGUGAAUAGAAAUACGUUUUACAACAACACAGCUCGUCACACCGUACGCUGGCAAACUGCAUCACAACAUUCUGUAAACAACCAGCACUGUUCACGUAACAUCUUCUAUUUCAAUGUGGGGCAGAAACCAAACGAGAGGUGGACCAUACUAGCAGACGGCGUUGCCGCUUCAUAUAGUAGAAAUGUGUUCUUCAACCCUGCCAAUACAUAUGAAAUGGUAGCAGGACCGGAUCAAUACCAAGGAAAUCAUGAAGCCAGGAACAACUGGUGGGGAACAGCAAACCUGAACAAAGCAGAACUGAAAGUAUUGGACAAACACGAUGAAUCUUCCAGAGCAAAUAUAGAUAUCACGCCCAUUAACGACACCAAUCCUUGGUUAGUUCGACCAGUUUGUUCUUUUGGUUGGAAAGAAUUCAAACAAAACUGUUAUCUCUACGUAAAAGGAGCAAGAAGUUGGUCUGCAGCAAGUGCUUAUUGUCAGAAUCGAGGCGGACAACUAGCAUCAGCACUAAAAACAACAAUGUAUGCUACACUAAUACCGUCAUGGUCAACUGCAACAGAAGUCUGGUCUCAUAACCAAGGGUCUGGCCAAUGUGUCAUUCCAACAAAUGGUGGAGUGGAAACCAAAAGUUGCAGUCUCCAUUUACCGUUUUUGUGCAUAAUCAUUCCUUCUGGAGACUGUCCAAACAGUUGUAGUCAGCAUGGUCGAUGCAACAGCAAUACUCGAACUUGUUUAUGCAACAAAGGAUGGGCAGGAAGCGAUUGCUCCGAUUUCGAUUGCUCCCAAGUUAACGAAUGCUCGAGAUAUGGUACGUGUGUUGGACCUAAUCAGUGCCGUUGCAGAGUUGGAUGGAAGGGUCGCGCCUGCACCACCACAUAUUGUGGAUUAUAUACAACAUGUCACGCAUGCAGCAGACAAGCAGGAUGUGGAUGGUGUGAUGAAAAGCAGCAAUGCCUACCGGGAUUGGGAAUUGGGCCUGACAAACACAUCUGCUCGUCAUGGUUCUACUACGCUUGUUAUUCCCCACAGACAACUCAUUCCUGCUCGCAGCGAAUUAAGGAGAUCGGAUGUAAUGAUCCGUGUAAUUGGAAAGUGGCAACAAGCAGCAAUGAAACGUGUCAACAUUGUCACGAUAUUGAAGCUUGUUACAACGGCAGGGGAUCUUGUCCGUCGUGGAACGAAUCUCAAUGUCCAUACGGUAGAGUGACUCCAGACUACGGACUGGAUGGAAACGAGCCAAAAGUAGCAAGUCACUUGCCUCUUUCUCAACCGUCUGCUCCUCAGAAAAGCAAACGUCAUAUUACUUUUGAUCAAACUACACGACGUUCUUCUGUCGAUCUCUUUAACGACGUCAAAGUGUUUGGUAGUGAUCAUGUUAUAUAUCGUAUGAUGGGACACCUCAAGUCAGAAGAGUCACUCUUUAUUACCAAACCAUCUUUACCUCUCUUCAGUGGUCACAUCAUGGCUAGCAGUCAGAGUGGAGGAAUUCUAGAUAAAGUAUCUUCUGUUGGCAGCAUUGGAUCGUACCAGUUGAUCAAAAGCAGACCAGCCACACUAGAGAACGUUAUCAAAUACGCUGACUUUCGCGAUAACGUCGAGCUGGAGUCUGUUAUUCACAAGGCUGCUAUAGAACACACUCCUGAUUCUGACGCACUGCUACGGAUCAUGAACUCCAGCUUUCCGAAUUUGUCGGGAGCGUCGAGAACGUUAGUUAUACCGUCCAGUAAGCCAGUUUAUAAGUGCGUCGGUGAUUGGCUCAACGACACGUAUGUGAUUGCCAUUUCCAAAUCUUCAGAAAUCCUUGUAAAUGGAGAAGCUAUUGUGAGCAAUCAAAGUUUCGGUUUUAUUGAAAUAGUGCAAUCGAUCGAAGCGUCUGGAGGUCACACGUUCGUCCAUACAAUUCUGGCCGAUUGUUCCUCUACCACAGCACCAGAUUCAAUCAAAUCAUUCAUUAGAACAAAGAGUAGUCCAUCUUCUAACUUGUUACCGUCUAUAACAGGAGUAGGAGGAGAUGGUCGACUGGGUCUACUUGUUUACGAGAAUCAACUGCCCAGCAAUCUCGACAUAGCAGUCGGUGACGCAGUGGUAGGUCGGCCCAGCGGUUCCAUCGCCGGUUACGUUAAAGACAAAUACAACUCGUUCGAUGACAAGAUCACAUACAUUGAAUUGGAACCGACCAGCGCUAUCGGCAAACCUCUGUGUGGAUCAACGAAUUCUGAUGGAAUUGUAGACAGCAAUGAUGACGGUACGGAAUUACGCGAAGAUGUGACCAUUGUCGUUACGACUGAUAUUGAAAAUAAUGCGCCAAUAAUACACGAUAAAAUCGAAAAAGGAUCUCUCUCAUUGUCUGCAUGCGACCCUAUCUCAUCAAGCAACCUAGAGCCCACAUUCAGUCUAGAUCGUAUUCUCAAUCCUCAGAUUUCAGUUGGCUUUGGAACUGCUUCGCUAACAACAGAAAUCAAAUUGUCAUAUGAUCCCAAUAUUACCAUGACGUUCCGAAGUAACCACACUUCACCAUUUGUUACCAAGUUUGGAUUUCAGUUUGACGGGAAUGUUCACCUAUUUACAAGAACCAAAGUAGCUCUUGACGUAAAAAGAGACGGAAGUGUCAAAGGCCCGGCGGGAAUCAAGGCCGCACCUGUUCCUAGACAACGCAAACCGUUCUGUAUCUCUGUGGGACCUCUUUGCAUCCCGGGAACACUCGGGUUUGAGGCAUCACUGUCAUAUAGUCUCAACUAUGAUGCAAAGUCUUUAGACUAUGCAUCAGACAUCAAAAUAGCUCACGAGUACGUGACCAAUGGAAGUCUUAAAGCGGGAAUCUUGUGGCGCGAUGACGUUGGCAGCGAGUUCGUUAGAGAUGCUAAAGUCAAAUCUUAUCAAGAAGUGCCUUUGAAAAAGUUCAUAUCAAAGAGUAAAAUAAAAGGACGAAGCUCGUCACUCGAAACGAACGUUUCCCCAAACUUUCAAAUCACGUGGCCAUCUCCCUAUCGACUACCUGAACAUGUCAACACAAGAGUACCAUCAUUUAUAGAGAACAGAGUGGGUGUGCACGUCACCAACACAUUGUCUCCUUCUUCACUCACAAUAAACAUCCAAACGACUUUACAUGGAAAAUGGACGGCAAAAGAGUGUUCUUCGGGCUGCCCUCUUGAUAAGAAGUUAGAAAUGGAAUCACUGGCUGGUGUGAGCAACGUUGCUGGUUCUAUAGAACUUUCUUUGCAAAACUUUAAGAUGACAAAACAACUUCAACCAUUGCAAUCAAGUCAUUUCAUCGAUGUAAAGUCAAGUGUGUGCAUGAAACAGGAAACAGAUUGUCCAUGUGAAUGUCCCGGCCGUGCAAACUGCGAAGAAAAGAAUGGCAUCAAACGUUGCCUUCAAUGUCUGAAUUCUUAUUGUUCCUCCCCGUGUCCUCUGGGUACAGUCGAGCAAUAUAACUUGAAACAAAACAAAGUAGAAUGCAAAUGUCGCUGUGCUGACUUCAGUCUUAGAGACAACGGAAACAGUGGCGAUUGCAAGCAGUGUGGUUGUACAUGUCGAGAUGGAACUAAAAGCACCAUUGGACCAGACGGUCAAUGUGACUGUUCUUGCAAAUGUAGAAAUUGCCAGCACUCCACUCGCGGUCCAAGUGGUUGCAUUUGUCUCAAUGACAAGUGUCCCUCAUGCCUUGAGGGUAUGGAAGCAGUGUGGCAAGACUGUGUGUGCAGCUGUCAGUCUAAACAAGAUCGAGGAGGUCUACCUCCCGUUUGCGCUGAAGGAUGGAGAGGUCCUUUCUGUGAUGUUCCCGACUGCAGCCCUUGGCCAUACUGCUCUGACAAUGGCAACUGUACAAUACCACAAAGGGAUCAAGCCGAUCGACAUCCAUACUGUGUGUGUGAGCCUCAAUGGAUUGGCAGAGGAUGUCAAAUUGCAAGACCGAGAAGAAUAGCAGGAGAUCCACAUUUGGAAACUCUUGAUGGUUUCAGCUACGACUAUUUUGAUAUCGGAGAGUUUUGGUAUUGCAAAAGUCGUGACAAUGACUUUGGAGUUGCAACACGAUUUUUCAAGUAUCAACGAGUGUCACUCAUUGGAGCUGUAGCAAUCAAGGUGGAAACUAAUAUUGUAACAAUUACAACUCCACACAAUCCUUCUCCAAAUGAUCUCCCUUUUGUGAGAAUUAAUGGUGUUGUCGUGGCUCCACUAAAAGAAGAUAAGCGGAGUUUAACUAAUGGCAGAGUGCAUAUGGAAGUCACUAUUUAUCAUAAUGAUUUCUCAUCAACAAAUGAAGAAGACAGCGGCACCAUUCGAGCUCUCGUUGCUUUCCAGUGGUAUAAUGAUGUCUACUUGUCUGUUGAAGUUCGCUACAGUCCUGGCAUGAAAAGACAAUUCAUCAAUAUUCUCUUCUCUCCAGUUGCCACAUUCAAAGGCAAAACAGAUGGUCUGUGUGGCUACAUGGACGGAGAUUUGAAUAAUGAUCUGUUGGGAUCAGAUGGAAUCACUUAUUCACUACAGGAUAACGUGACAUUUGCAAAGACAUGGAGAAUCACGCAAACAUUUAGUGGCUCUGGUUUGAAUGGCACGUGGUCUUGGUCUCACUCCAAUUUUCACAGAGACGAUAUGAUGGAUAUCUCCUACACUGAUCCUACAUUUGUACCACUAUACAGCAUUGCAGACUUGCAACCAUCUCUCAGACAAAUGGCCAUAUCAGUGUGCAGUCAACUGAAUCUAACGGGAAUAAAACUGAACGAGUGCAUAUUUGAUGUAGCGGUCACUAACGACACAUCCCUUGCCGAACAGGAAGCAUUCAAGAUUGGAUGUCCAACUCAAUGUUCUGGCAGAGGUCGUUGUGUUAACAACACUUGCGUGUGUGUUUCGGGAUGGUUUGGAGACGAAUGUAGUCGAGGUUCUUGUGCAAAUUGCAGUGUGAAUGGGGACUGUGUGUCUGGAUUCUGUCGCUGUCAUUUUGGAUGGGAUGGACCGUUCUGUGAAAGGCCUGCUGCUUGUUUUGGUGUAUCAAACUGUACUAGUGCUUCUCAUGGACUGUGCAAGUCGGACGAUGUGUGUGAGUGUACACCAGGUUAUAUUGGUGAGGCGUGCAAUGAGAGAGCGCGUUGUGAUAACGUGAACCAUUGUUCUAAUCAUGGCGUGUGUGUCGAUCAUGAUAAGUGCGAGUGUGAGUUGGGAUGGGCUGGUAUUAACUGCACUCUCUACUCGUGCGAACUCAACGGAUACUGCAGCGGCCACGGUCGAUGCGUCGAUUUUGAUGUGUGUCGGUGUGAUGUGGGAUGGGCUGGUGGUAGCUGCACCACUCCUCUCUGUAACGGUGUAGACGAGUGUUCUGGUAACGGCGAAUGUGUGUCACCUAACGUUUGUCAGUGCUACGAUGGAUAUUCGGGUAGCAACUGUGCCGUUGCCGACGUUUGUCCUGAAGUGAACGAUUGUUCUGGUAACGGAGUGUGCCUUUCCAAAACAAAGUGCAGAUGUUACUCUGGCUAUUCUGGUAAAAAUUGCAGUCAAGCGCAGUGCAAGGGAAGGAACGAUUGUUCCGGUCACGGCAAAUGCGUUGAAGUGGAUCUGUGUGAAUGUGAGUUUGGAUACACCGACUCGAACUGCAGUUCCUACUCGUGCGAGACACAUAACUUCUGUUCAGGUCAUGGAACGUGUCUCUCGUUUGACCGAUGUUUGUGCCAAAUCCAUUGGAACGGUGUAGCUUGUGACAUUCCCGAUUGCUCCAACGUGGACAAUUGUACCGACGUUGCUCACGGUACCUGCAUUGCUCCUACUACGUGCUUAUGUGAGGCGCAGUAUGAUGGAGACAGUUGUAAUGAAACAGCAGAAAGCAACGCCAACCCACCAGUAUUUGCAACAUCAAAAGUCAGUCUGAUAGCUGCGUCCACCAGUCGCGUGGGAUCGACAAUUUUGAGUUUAUUUGCUACCGAUGGUGACCGCGGUAAAAACGGACACUUAUCUUACUCUCUCACCAGCACUAACAACAACCAUACAUAUUUUCGAUUAAAUGGUAGCUCGGCUGAUAUCAUUCUAUCAAAGUCUCUCGAGUAUUUAACUGGAUCUCUAUUGACUUUCAAUGUCAUUGCUACUGAUGGUGGCGUGCCGAGUCUAACAGGAUCUGUAAACAUUGAAGUAUCCGUAGUGAAGCCCAAUGAACAUUGUCCCGUCUUUAAAAAUCUUCUCAAAGUCGUUCAUGUUCCGGAGAGUGCUGGGAUCGGAUAUGUGAUAGCUCACGUAACGGCAACCGACGACGACGGUGCCGAUUCGGUCAAUGGUGUCGUCAGCUAUUCGUUGGAAACGACUAAUGCAAACACCAUCGCUACGCAAAACCAACUGUCGAGCGAUGUGGGCGUGUUUUCAAUAAAUACGAACUCUGGAAUGAUAACAUCCCGUCUUCCACUGUCCGACGAUACGUAUAGUGUGAUCGCAGUGGCGUCAGACCAGGCCAGUCCACCUUGCAGCUCUACAGCUACUCUUCAAGUUAAUGUACUCUCCUCUAAUACUCCUCCUCUCUGUGAACCGUCUAACGUCGCCACAUCUCUUCCCUACACUACAGCAGUCGGUUCGAAUGUUUUGCGUUUGGAUGCCGUAGACAACGAUAACGGGACGGAUGGAAAUCUGACCUUCUCUUAUUCUAACUUUCAAUCACUUUUCUUGCACAAUGUAUCACCAUUGGCACUGAUGCAACGUAACAAGACAGCAUACUUUCAGCUUUCCAAUCCACUCCGCUCACUUGCCGACAGCAAUUCCAAAUCUUACGAUCUCUCGUUUUUGGUAAGCGUGACAGACGCUGCUCGUCGUCCCAGAUCGUGCAGUUUUGCAGUCACUGUUAUCGUCACGCAUCCAUUUCAGUUUAGACACAUUUCGCUAUCGUCUAGCAUCAACGAAAAUACCGACAAAGGAGUUCCAUUGAUAUUAACUCCAUCUCUGGAAUUGAUGACGAACUUGAGUGGAAUUAUAUACAAUCUGCACAAUGCAGAUCAGUUACCGUUUUCUAUCGACCCAACUACAGGAACUGUGACCGUUUCUGGAUCAAUCGAUUACGAAGCAAUCUCUUAUUACGAUAUCGCCAUAGUGGCUGGCACCUCUGUUGACUCUCAAGCUUUUUCUGUUGCUCACGUCGACAUCACAGUAAUAGACGAAAAUGACAAUCCUCCUCGUUUUCCAUUUUCACAUUACAACGUCUACGUAAAAGAAGACGUGGCCAAAGGCGUAACACUUUUGUCUCUUUCAGCGAUUGAUGCAGAUUCAAUAGGAGGACCGGUCGUGUAUUCACUGACUUCGCAGUCGCCAUCUAAAGAAGAUCAACAUUUUGUGGUAACAAUGACCGUCAAUGGAAUCACGAUUGAUGUAGCAGAUGACGCCAAUCUAGAUUACAAAAUUACAAACAGAUACCAACUAGUAAUCAAAACGUGGGACCGCGCGAAUCCUCGCUUGUUCAGUGAAGCGUCUAUCACAAUUCACAUAGAAGAUGGAGAUUUCCCAAGUCCGGCUUUCCAACGACGCUCAUACGACGGUUGGGUACAAGAACACACAGCCGCCGGAAAGAUUGUGUUGACUAUACCAGCUCUAGUCAAUGGCAAGAUAGGCAAUCGAGUCACCUAUUCAAUAACAAACCAGAUGUCUGACGCAUUGCCCAUCUCCGCAUUUGACGUGUCUGCUAACGGCUCCAUUGUCGUAUCUAAUUCGCCUCUUCUUGAUUACGAGACUCUUCAUCAGAUCAGCUUCACACUUGUCGCUACGGUUACUAAACCUCGUCUACGCACAGCUCAAACGACCGUCAUUGUGCAACUAAAAGAUGUUAAUGACAACCGACCCCAAUUUGACAAAAAUGAGUAUGAAGGUGAGGUUGUUUUCGACGCUGCCAUUGGGUUCACUGUAGCAGAUGUGACUGCUCAAGAUGCUGACUCGGGCUUGAAUGGCCAUAUUUCCUACGGUAUCGAGUCUGGAAAUGACGACGGAAUGUUUUCCAUCAACACGAUGGGCAAAGUUCAGUUGGCCAGAUCGCUGAACGAGGGCAGCCUUGACAGAUACACGGUCACAGUUCUAGCUCGUGACCACGGACAGCCACCUCUAUCGUCUACAGUCACCAUCUACAUUACCGUCCUCUGUUCGUCAAUGGGAAUAUGCCCACAAAUGCCACCAGUCGAGAGCAGUUCUACAGAUGUCCCGGUUGGAGUGAUCGCUGGAAGUGCAAUCAGCUGUGUUGCCAUCAUGGUCUUUAUCAUUGUAACUGUACGCGUGCUGAAAAAGAAAACAAACAAAAUAGGGAGCUGCGAGACAAACCUAACUGUAACAGCCUAUAGCUAGUGGUUGCAUAUCGCUUAGUCUGUUGUUGCGUCGUCGCCAUAAUUUUGCUGCUGUUGUGCUGAUUGCAUGCAGGCACGCAUUGCUAAAAAGCUGGUUUAGUAAUAGAAGUGAUUGUAUAGAUGUGCUGAAACGUGAA